AAAGAGUGAUAAAUAUUAAAAAAAUAAAGAAAAAUCAAAAAUUAAAAUAAAAAAUUAGGAAAAAAUCCCUAAUUUCUCCGCUAUUUUUCCAGAGGCUUCGAAGCUUUGCAUCCGCCUUCCUCCACCAUCUCUAAUUUACUUUUGGAAUCAAAGACAAGAAUAAUGUCAGGCAGAGAAUCGUAUGGAGGGGGAAUUGAAAUGAACCAGAGCCCGACACUAACAGCAACAUCGAACAUGAAUUUGGCAUUUAGGGCAGAUGGUGUUUACAAGCCCAUUAUGCCUGACGAUACCUUCCAUCAUGUCCAAACCAUUCCAUCACACCAGCAUGAAAUAUUAGAAAUGGGUGUUGGCAGCGGCGGCGCUGUUGGUGUCGAUGUCGAUGUUGAUGUUGAUGGCUUCAAUAUGAAUAGUGGUGAGCCCAUUAAGAGGAAACGUGGGCGGCCCAGGAAAUACUCACCACCGCAUGGUAGUAUUAGCCUUAAUCUCACAUCUCCUCUUUCCCACCACCAGCAGCAGUCUCCUCUUCUUCAUCAGUCUGGAUUUCAAUCUCCUCCUUCCCCAACAACAUCAUCCCUUGCAAAGAAAGCAAGAGGCAGACCCCCUGGUUCUACCCGCAAAAACCAACUUUCUUCUCUUGCAGGAUCAGCAGGAGUUGGAUUUACACCACAUGUUAUCACAGUAAAGGCUGGAGAGGAUGUGUUGUCGAAGAUAAUGUCAUUCUUGCAAAAUGGAUCAACAGGCAUCUGCAUUUUAUCAGCAAAUGGUGCCAUAUCUAAUGUAACACUUCGUCAACCUGCAACAUCUGGUGGAACUGUAACAUAUGAGGGACGAUUUGAGAUUUUGUCACUUUCUGGCUCAUUUCUCCUUUCAGAGAGUAGUGGCCAGCGCAGCAGAACUGGUGGUUUGAGUGUUUCACUAGCAGGGCCAGAUGGUCGUGUUCUUGGUGGAGGUGUGGCAGGGCUCCUCACAGCAGCAUCUUCUGUACAGGUUAUUUUGGGUAGUUUUAUUUCAGAAGAUAGCCUAGAGUCAAAACUGGGUAUUAACCACACUGAAGCAAUGUAUGCUCCAGGAAUAUCAAUAGCAGGAAGCCCGCCAUCACGCGGAACUUUUAGCGAAUCAUCCGGUGGUCCUGGAAGCCCUCCUAACCAGAGCACUGGAGGCUGCAACAACAGCAAUCCACAGGGCAUGCCAAAUGUGCCUUGGAAAUAAAUUCCUGCUACAAGAAGUUGUUCUAACCUUUUCUUUUUUUCCCUUUUUUUUAUGUAAUGGCAUAGUUGUUCUAACA